UGUUCUUCUCUUUGAUGUUUUGUUCUCUUUCUUUUUGAGAGGGAGACUGGGAGAGGGAGAGCUUCAACGGUCCCUUCGCGCCUUUCCCUCCUUUCUCACCCACCACCACCAUGUGAUCUCUCUCUCUUUUUUCAAAUCUUCUCCUCAGAAAUUACGUUCACGGUUCACUUGCCUCUCUUUCUCUCUCUUUUCAAAUUUUCUCCUCAGCAAUUACGAUCGCUUCUUUCUCUCUCUCGAUUUGCCUCUCAUGGCCUUGGGUCCAUUGACAAGAAGGUGGUGAUGGAAACUUCGUCUUCGAUGUUGAAGGAUCUGCACUAUCGCCAUUAUACCUACAACCGAAAGGACAAAUCUCUUGGACUCCUCUCCCAGAACUUUCUUGCCCUGUACAAUCGGGAAGGUGUUGAGUCCGUUGGUCUGGAUGAGGCCGCUAGCCGUCUUGGCGUGGAGAGGCGGCGGAUCUACGAUAUCGUCAACGUGCUCGAGAGUGUAGGCGUUCUUGCGAGGAAGGCGAAGAAUCAGUAUUCUUGGAAGGGGUUCGACGCGAUCCCGCAGACCUUGGCGAAACUCAGAGAAGAUGCAACAAGAGAAGCAUCUAACAAAGCACUGCCAAUUGUCUCUUAUGAAGUCAGAGAUUCUGACGACGAGGACGAUGAGAACUCAUCCACCCCCAAUAGCCAAGAACCCCCACAAUGUAGUCCUGGUUCUGUUCUUCUGAAGCCAGCUGCGUCAAAUACAAGUACAGGAAAGCCGAAGUCAGAGUGUAGAAGGGAAAAGUCAUUGGGCCUCCUCACCCAGAAUUUUAUUAAACUUUUUCUCAGUUCAAAGGCAGAAGUUGUCUCACUUGAAGAAGCAGCAACCUUGUUGCUUGGGGAAGCAAACGAUCCUUUGCAACUGAGGAGCACAAAAGUUAGAAGACUAUAUGACAUUGCAAAUGUACUGUCAUCUAUGAAUCUCAUUGAGAAGACACAUCAUUCGAUCACCAGAAAGCCUGCAUUUGUAUGGUUGGGUGUCGAUGGCAAGUCUAAGAACUUAGGUUCCAUGAUUUCGCCUGAUACCUCUGAGGAUGAGAGCAAGAAAAGGGUGUUCGGGACAGAAAUUUGUACCAAUAUAAUGAAUGAAGGUAAAAGGAGCAAACCGUUACCAGUACUCCAAAUGCUUAAGACAAGGAAAGAAAAAGAGAUGAAUUUGGGAGACGGUGAUGAUCAUCAAGGUAUGACGCAGUUGUCUCAGCAACAGCAGCAGCAAUGCCAAAAACAGCACGAGCAGCAGGAGAACAACUCUUCCAAAGGUUUUGUUUUUGGUCCUUUUAGCCCCGUUUGUCUACCUCAGGCAAAUACAAGGAGCAGUUCAAAGCGAGUUGAAGAUUGGGAUGCCUUGGCUACUUCAUUUUAUCCAAAAUACAAGAAUCAAGCAUUGAGUGAGCUCUUCGCUCACUAUAUGGAAGCUUGGCGAUCAUGGUAUGCACAAGUAACCGCUGGAGGAUGUCAUCAAUCUCAUUCCCGUUCCUCCCAACAUUAAUAUGUUUGUACCUCAAUGUACAUCUUCUACUGAACAGCUGUUCUGUUCUGUAUUGUUACAUUUCCCAUUGACAGCACGCCCAUGGACCAUGAUAAUGCUUUUUUAUUGACAGCAUUACAUUGGUUUGCUACAGGCAUGAUUAUUUUCUUUGCAACAGUUCUUAUCUAACUGUACCGUUUCAGUUAACUUUCAAGUUUCAAUAACCAAAAUGUUUGGGAUUUUCUUGUUUUC